GCGCAGCGACGGCGGCGGCGGCGGCGGCGCGGUUGCUAUUCGGAGACGUUGAGACGCCUCUGCGGCAGCUGGUGGCGCAGGUGGCUUGCGUGGACGCGGGCAGAGGCGGCCGGCCCGCCACCGCAGCCUCAGCGCCCGCGGCCCCGGCAGGUGAGCGGGCGGCGGGGACUCGCCCCGCCCCCCCCCUCCGGUGGCCUCACUCCUGGCUGUAGCGGGGAAGUGGCCGCGGCCCGCCCGGGAGCAGAGGCGCGUCGGGACACCCCGAGGCAUCCUCCCCCUCCCGCCGCCGCGGGAGCCUCGGCUGCCGUCCGCCUUCCCGCAUCCCCUCGCAGUCCGCACCGUCACACCUCCUCCCUGUGCUCGGACCCCCGGCCUCGGCCCCGAAACAUGACUCGCGAUUUCAAACCUGGGGACCUCAUCUUCGCCAAGAUGAAAGGUUACCCUCAUUGGCCAGCUCGAGUAGAUGAAGUUCCUGAUGGAGCUGUAAAACCACCCACAAACAAACUACCCAUUUUCUUUUUUGGAACUCAUGAGACUGCUUUUUUAGGCCCAAAGGACAUAUUUCCUUACUCAGAAAAUAAGGAAAAGUACGGCAAACCAAAUAAACGAAAAGGCUUUAAUGAAGGUUUAUGGGAGAUAGAUAACAAUCCGAAAGUGAAAUUUUCAAGUCAACAGGCAUCAACUAAACAAUCAAAUGCGUCAUCUGAUGUUGAAGUUGAAGAAAAAGAAACUAGUGUUUCAAAGGAAGAUACUGACCAUGAAGAAAAAGCCAGCAACGAGGAUGUGACUAAAGCAGUUGACAUAACCACUCCAAAAGCUGCCAGAAGAGGGAGAAAGAGAAAGGCAGAAAAACAAGUAGAAACCGAGGAGGCAGGAGUAGUGACUACAGCAACAGCAUCUGUUAAUCUAAAAGUGAGUCCUAAAAGAGGACGACCUGCAGCUACAGAAGUCAAGAUUCCAAAACCAAGAGGCAGACCCAAAAUGGUAAAACAGCCCUGUCCUUCGGAGAGUGACAUGGUAACUGAAGAAGACAAAAGUAAGAAAAAGGGGCAAGAGGAAAAACAACCUAAAAAGCAGCUUAAAAAGGAUGAAGAGGGCCAGAAGGAAGAAGAUAAGCCAAGAAAAGAGCCAGAUAAAAAAGAGGGGAAAAAAGAAGUUGAAUCAAAAAGGAAAAAUUUAGCUAAAACAGGGCUUACAUCAACCUCUGAUUCUGAAGAGGAAGGGGAUGAUCAAGAAGGUGAAAAGAAGAGAAAAGGUGGAAGAAACUUUCAAACUGCUCAUAGAAGGAAUAUGCUGAAAGGCCAACAUGAGAAAGAAACAGCAGAAAGAAAACGCAAGCAAGAGGAACAAAUGGAAACUGAGCAGCAGAAUAAAGAUGAAGGAAAGAAGCCAGAAGUUAAGAAAGUGGAGAAGAAGCGAGAAACAUCAAUGGAUUCUCGACUUCAAAGGAUACAUGCUGAAAUUAAAAAUUCACUCAAAAUUGAUAAUCUUGAUGUGAACAGAUGUAUUGAGGCCUUGGAUGAACUUGCUUCACUUCAGGUCACAAUGCAGCAAGCUCAAAAACACACAGAGAUGAUUACAACACUGAAAAAAAUACGGCGAUUCAAAGUUAGUCAGGUUAUCAUGGAAAAGUCUACAAUGUUGUAUAACAAGUUUAAGAACAUGUUUUUGGUUGGCGAAGGAGAUUCUGUGAUCACACAAGUGCUGAAUAAAUCUCUUGCCGAACAAAGACAGCAUGAGGAAGCAAAUAAAACCAAAGAUCAAGGGAAGAAAGGGCCAAACAAAAAGCUAGAAAAGGAACAAACAGGUUCAAAGACUCUAAAUGGAGGAUCGGAUGCUCAAGACAAUAAUCAACCACAACAUAAUGGAGACAGCAAUGAAGAAAGCAAAGACAACCACGAGGCCAGCAGUAAGAAAAAGCCAUCCAGUGAAGAGAGAGAGACUGAAAUAUCUCUGAAGGAUUCUACACUAGAUAACUAGGUUGACAUACCUGGAAUAUAAAGAACAUUUGAGAAGUUUGUAAUGGUUUUCAUUCGAAAUAUUUAGACUGCUGAAAGUUUUAAAUUUUUAUAAGCAUAGGUUUUGAUGUUUAAAACUUGUUUUGAGGGAGAAAUCUCCUUAUCUUUGUUUAAAAGUGACUAAACAUUGCUGAUUGUACUUGUGCAGUAUUAACAGCUACAUUAUACAGUAAAUGUGAGGGAAAGUCCAUUUUAGGAAAUGUUAAACUGCUUUUCCAGACAUUGGUUGUAGUAUAUUUUCAAUUAGUGUGUGUAUGUAAUUGAUAGUAGAAAAAGGUUACAUUUUUAAAACUGCUACUUGUAUAAACCUUUCCUCUUUUCCCAAAUACUGUGGGUUUUGUGCAUAGUUUUUACAAAUCUUGGAUUUACCAGACUGUCUUUUCAUUGUUUGUGGGUUUUGUAGAAGUUAAUCAUUUUUACGGUAGAUAAAAUGUUACUUCUAUACAAGUAUUCACUCCCUCCCUUUUAUCAAAAGUUAAUUUUAAUCGCAGUCUACAUUGUGCUACAUUAUCCUGCUGCUUUGUAACAAUGUGUGGUCUGUAUGCCUUUUUGUAUGACAACUAGAUAUCCAACUGACGUUGAACUGUUCUACGGGGUACAAAACUCAUGUUAACUUUUGAAGGUAAUUUAGUUUUGUGGCUGGGAAUUCAGUGAAGUCACAUGAGUUUCCUGCAGCGUGCAGGAGUAUAUAUAGGAAUGAAUCUGGCUUUAGGGUUCAACCAUUUAAGAUCCUUUACAGGCACUAGUAGCUGAAACUGAAAACUAAAUGAUAAAAGUUUAUUUUUGAGAAAUGUCUCGAGUUUCUGAAUUUUUUAAAAAGUCACACAUUAAAGAAGUCACUAAGUAUUUUUUUAAUUGGAAAAAAUGCAAUCCAUAAUACUUUUGCAGUAAAUAAAAGUAAAUACUAUAUAAGGAAACUAACCCAUUUGAAAACAUGGCUAUACCAGAAGGGAAUUUUUAUUUCUAUGUCAUACAUGUGACAGGAUUGCAAAAAGUGGAAACACAGUAGACAAAAGUAAAGGAGUUGUCUGUAUAUUCAUGGAUACGGACUAAAUCAGGGUGAACCAAGGUUAACACAAAAUUUAAGGGUAACUUAGCAUUUCUAAGGUAUUUUGAAUACUAGGUCAGUUGGUGGUUUGCAGUAGCUUAAAAAGACACUUCUCAUGUUUAGAAACUGAAUAUGGGGAAAAGGCUUAAUUACCAGUGUUUGCAUGUGACAUGCAUCUUAUGCUUUGACCUCUCGAGUAGUUGUUUUCAUCUACAGAUGAAAAGUUUGAAACAUUUCAGUAAUUGGGAGUUUUGCUUUUGAGAGGUCUUACAAUGGAACUAGGACCCACUGUUUUGAGGGAACUCUUGCUAUUAUAUCUGUUUGGUCCUUAAUACAAUUUAAAUUUGGACAGAUUUAUUCUAGUUAAGCCAUAAGUGUCAACAUGUAAACUUGUUUUGAUUAAAGAAUUUUUCUAUCAAA